GGCUGGCUGGGCGGCAGGCUCGCGCCCGGGCUCGCCCCGCGCCGCGCCGCGCCACAGGCUCGCGCACUCAGCAGGUUGGGCUGCGGUGGCUGCAGCUGUGGAGCUGGAACGCUACGUGUGAGAGGUCCCAGACACGUCUGCGGCUCCGGCUCCGCCACCCUCGCCUCAGUCUCGGUGCCGGGUGCUGAGAGGGGAACAGCUCUAGCCUCGGGACCCCCGAGCACACCCCUGGCUGCUUCCGACACCGCCCUCCUUCCUUUCCCAGCUGCGGGCCUCGCUCGGUGCUAGGCGACUCCGAGUAGAGGCGGCGGCGACGGCUGCCUGUCUGUGAGAGGAGCCUUGUUCUCCAGCCUUGCUCCGCUGCCGGGCCCUGCAGGGGCCGAGAGAGCUCGGCGCCGACCCUUCCUCUAUCCUCCCCGUGAACCGGUUGGAGCGGCGUCGGUCUGGGAGGUCUCUGGGCUGAGGCGGCGGCAGCUCCUCCGGCUCCAUCAUGUCCGCGGGCGGAGACUUCGGGAAUCCGCUGAGGAAAUUCAAGCUGGUGUUCCUGGGGGAGCAGAGCGAAUUUUUUCAUUUGUGCCUGGUUAUGGCUUGAAGUGUGUUCUUCCCAAAUUCGUAUGUUGAAGUUUAACCUCUAGUACCUCAGAUGCAACUGGUUAAGAAUUGCAUCACCUAGAUGAGACAUCUUGGCUGUGAUAUUGCAGUGAGUUUUGCUUGCAGCUGAGCUUUUUCGCUAUGGUCCCUAGUUGGAAAGACAUCACUGAUUACCAGAUUCAUGUAUGACAGUUUUGACAACACCUAUCAGGCAACAAUUGGUAUUGACUUUUUAUCAAAAACAAUGUACUUAGAGGAUCGAACAGUACGAUUGCAAUUAUGGGACACAGCAGGUCAAGAGCGGUUCAGGAGCUUGAUUCCUAGCUACAUUCGUGACUCCACUGUGGCAGUUGUUGUUUAUGAUAUCACAAAUGUUAACUCAUUCCAGCAAACUACAAAGUGGAUUGAUGAUGUCAGAACAGAAAGAGGAAGUGAUGUUAUCAUCAUGCUAGUAGGAAAUAAAACAGAUCUUGCUGACAAGAGGCAAGUGUCAAUUGAGGAAGGAGAGAGGAAAGCCAAAGAGCUGAAUGUUAUGUUUAUUGAAACUAGUGCAAAAGCAGGAUAUAAUGUAAAGCAGCUCUUCCGACGUGUUGCAGCAGCUCUACCUGGAAUGGAAAGCACACAGGACAGAAGCAGAGAAGACAUGAUUGACAUAAAACUGGAAAAGCCUCAGGAGCAACCAGUCAGCGAAGGAGGCUGUUCCUGCUAAUCCCCCAUGGCAUCUUCAACUUUCCUCCAGAAGCUCACUGCUUUGGCCCCCUUACCCUUUCAUUGACUGCAGUGUGAAUAUUGGCUUGAACCUUUUCCCUUCAGUAAUAACGUAUUGCAAUUCAGCAUUGCUGCCUGUCUCUUGGAGAUGAUCUAUUAGCUUCACAAGCACAAAAAAGUCAGUGUCUUCAUUAUUUAUAUUUUACAAAAAGCCAAACAAUUGCAGCAUAUUCCAGUGGUAACUUUAAAAAUUAGAUACAUUUUCUUAACAUUUUUGUUUCCUUUUUAAUGUUAUGAGAAUGUACUUCAAAAUGAUGGAAAUCUCAACAGUAUGUGACUUGGUUAAGGAGCAGUUGUUCACAGCAGCACUUGCCUACCUACUUGAUCUCUCCCUGCUUUACUUGCUUGUUCUUUACCCCAUUUCCUAUUCCAGUCCUUCCUCCAUCAAAACAAACAAGAGGGGGCAAAGCAGUAGUCAGACCAAGCCCAUUGGAAUUAUCCUUCAGUUUUAGCAAUACCACUUGUCUCAAGAUAUCCAAAAUUAUUCUUAAGCACUGAUAUAAAUUAGUUAGACCUUAAUUGAGGUCAAAACUCAACUAUCAUGGUAGGCAGUGCUGGAAUAAGGAAAAGGUUCUGGUGUGUCUUCAGAAUGAGUCCUAAUGAACAUACUGAGUACUUACAAGUAAAUGAACAUAAAAUAUAUUUCUGACCAAAACAAAUGAUUCUUUCACAUGUUAGACUCCGGGAGAGAAAAGUAAAAGUGCUUCAGAACAGGUUUUAAAUAUUUAAUUCUUCUAAGAUCUAUUUCUUCCAGGAUUUUAAAUUUGUCAAAAUCGAGUUCUUCUGUUUGUUUAAAAAACAAAACUAAACUUUUUUAGGCAAUAGAUUUCUCUUGGGUUUUCUUUUUCUGUCUUCCUUUUCUUUCUUUCCUUCUUUCUUCCUUCCUUUCUUUCUUCCUUUUUUUUGAAAUGCUGUGCAGGCAAGGCACUGUAGUAAUCAAAUUCCUUUAAGAAGAACCAGUGGAAGAAUUUAAAUUUGGCACUUUGAUCGAAACUACUGUAACUAGUAGAAACAAUGAUAUCUAAACCUUACCAACUAAAGAAUCCUCAAGAGAAUAGCAAAUACUUUGCCCAGGACAAUUGAGGUCAAAUUGAAAGUGGAAACAGUUUUCUUAUAAGCCCUAGAGGCAGAUCUGAAAAAGCAUACAUAGAAGAGGGAAAGGAGAGAAUGAAAAUAAAACUUAAUAUGCAGAUUUAUGCCUUAUUUUUCAGCAUUUUUUUAUGUUCUCUCAAUCCAGUUUUGCUUUUUAUUAGAUCUGUAUAGUUUGCUUAAUUCACUAGUGAUUUAAUUUUAUAUUUAAGCUACAAUUAAUCUUUUUUCUUUGGUGAUAUUUAUUUCUUUGCCUUUUUUAAAACUACUUUCAAUUUUUAGAUAUUUUAUUUAGAGCUUCAUAACAAUGGCAAUAUGUAUUUCCCUUAAAACACUGCAAACAAAUAUACUAGGAGUGCACCAUUUUAAUCUUUACUAGUUAUUGUGAGAUUGCUGUGUAAGUUAAUAAAUACAUUUGUAAAUACAUUGUUUGCAAGAAGAAAAUUUCUGAGUUACAGCUCAGGAAAAGCCUGCUGAAUUUAUGUUGUAAGCAUUACUUAACACAGUAUAAGGAUGAAAAGGCAACAAAAAUAUCUUCAUACUUCCUCAUCCCCUCAUUGCAACAAAACCCUUAACUGGGAGAACCUUAUUCCUUCCCCUCUUCCUCCUCCACUUCCCACUUAUUGUCCAACCUUAUAAUAUUCAGAGAGCACUUGGAUUAUGGGUCUGAAUAGAGAAAUGCUUUCAGAUAAUCAUUAGCCCACAUACCCCAGUAACUUGUACUCAAAGAUGGGAUGGAGUUGUAAAGUGCUUUUAUAAUACAAUAUUAUUGUUAAAGGCAAGGGUUGACUCUUUUGUUUUAUUUUGACAUGGCAUGUCCUGAAAUAAAUAUCAAUUCAAUAUG